GUUUACAAAUUUCCCAUAAAUAGAGGGACUUGAAAGCAAAUAAGAAGAAAACUGCCAAAAGUUGGUCUCCGCGCCACGAAACAAGACAAACACAAACCAGAGAAAGAGAGAGAAUCAUCACAGAUGAGAGAGAAACUAGAGUCUAGAGAGAGAGAGAGAGAGACACUGAGCCCCAACUUGUCACUUCAAACUUAUUAUUUAUUACAUCUCUCUCUCUCUCUCUCUCUCUCUAUAAACAGCUUCUCCAUUUUAGCUUUUAAAUCCCUUUAAACAAAAACAAUGCUGCCAUAAUUUUCAAGUACAAUAAUUUAGUAGCAAUGGCAGGAGAAAACGAAGAUUAUUACAAGAAGAAGGAGCGCGUUGUAUUAGCUACAAUCCUAGUCUGUGCAUCUCUCGCCGUUGCAUCUGUGCUCGUCACCUUCACUUACUUUUGCUACUUGAGAUACAAAUUCUCCAACCGCUUCAAAACCCAGCAGAAAAGGAUUCACCAUGAGGAAAAAGCUACCAACUUUGCAAACAUCCAAAUUGCAAGUGAAAGAGGACUACAUAUCUUUACAUUCAAGCAAUUGCAUUCAGCCACAUGUGGAUUUGGUAAGAGUAAUGUGAUUGGUCACGGCGCAUUCGGAUUCGUAUACCGAGGGGUGCUUCAGAAUGGAAUGAAAGUUGCAGUUAAGUUGAUGGAUCAAGCUGGAAAACAGGGAGACGACGAAUUCACCGCCGAGGUAGAGUUGUUGGGUAGGCUGCGUUCGCCGUACUUACUACCGUUGAUCGGCUACUGUUCGGAAAGCAGUCGGAAAUUGCUCGUUUAUGAGUUUAUGGCUAAUGGAGGAUUGCACGAACAUUUGUAUCCAAACAAAGGUAAUAGUAGAAUUGUUUCGUCAAAUUUAAGCUGGGAAACUCGACUGAGGAUAGCUUUAGAAGCUGCAAAAGGCCUGGAGUAUCUCCACGAGCAUAUUAGCCCACCAGUUAUCCAUAGAGACUUCAAAAGCAGUAACAUCCUUCUCGACAAAAACUUCCACGCCAAAGUUUCCGAUUUCGGACUCGCCAAACAUGGCUCCGAGAAAGCUGGUGGACACGUUUCUACACGUGUCUUGGGCACACAGGGUUACGUUGCACCCGAAUAUGCUUUAACUGGGCAUCUAACCACAAAGUCAGACGUAUACAGCUAUGGAGUGGUCCUAUUGGAGCUGCUUACCGGCAGAGUUCCGGUUGAUAUGAAGAGGCCCUCCGGUGAAGGCGUUCUUGUAUCUUGGGCGUUACCGCAACUUACGGAUAGAGAGAAGGUGGGUGAAAUAAUGGAUGAGGGGUUAGAGGGACAGUAUUCGAUGAAGGAAGUGAUUCAAGUUGCUGCAAUAGCUGCAAUGUGUGUACAGCCGGAGGCAGAUUACAGGCCGUUGAUGGCAGACGUCGUGCAGUCGUUGGUCCCGUUGGUCAAGAAUUAUCGACCUUCUUCGAAGCCGAGCCUUAGCUAGUCAAGGGAAUUAUUGCUGGAUGCUUUCUUCUUGGCAUGCUUUUAAGAUUAUUAAUUAUUUUCAAUUUUAUUUAGCUUCAUGAUCACAUGCAGCUGAACUACUAUCUUGACUAUUUCAUUUAUCUUUUUUGACUGGUAAUAAAAGAUGAAUGAAUGACUUGUCAAAUGUCAAUGUAGCUUUAAAUUGCUUCUAUUUUUGUUUUGAUUUGUUCAUCUUCUCCAAUAGUAGUUUGAUACUUUAAUGCAUGUGACUUUCUUUUUCUAAUGGAGAUUUGGCCUUUUCUUGCUCC